CUCUGCAAAAUGAUCUCCUUUUUCCCCAUUUUUUGCAAUCUUUGUUCUAUAAGUUCGCCGCCAAUGAGCAGUCGCGUGAAACAUCGGUGAUACACCGCAAUCGAGAGUUGUGUGAACAACCAGCACACAAACACGUUCGCGCAAAUGUCAGCUGUCCGAUGUGAACGAAAGACAGAUGUAAACGCGAUAGGCUGUCGCUUAGGUAGUUUAAAUUUUCAAUCAGAGGACCCUGAGAGAUAAAAGUCCCUGUAGAAGGUGUUUCUCGACAGAAGCCAUGGAGGGCCAGCAGGUGAGAGCCCUUUACGAUUUUGCGGGAGAGCCAGGAACAGCAGAAUUGUCGAUUGUGGCUGGGGAAGUCCUCACAGUGAUGAGGGAUAAUGUUGGCGAUGGGUGGUGCGAGGGUUAUAAUCAGAAUGGACAAUCCGGACUUUUUCCUGCAGCCUAUGUCCAAGCGGUGGAAGCUGGUGCACCUUCAGCUGGUAUGACCGUUUCUCAACAAAGUACCGGUGAAUUUUGGGAUGACGACUGGGACGAUGAUUCUGAAAUCGGCCAGACUCAAGCUUAUGUUCCCCCAUCCCACCAAAACCAGGUCCUUCAAUCACAACAAUCAGUUACCAGCGAUUAUGGAGACACAGUUUCUAUGCAAACCAUCCACUCGGUGAUCAACGAAAAACCGGUUCCAAACAUACCAAAGAAGAACAACAAAUUCUCAACGUUAAUCAAGUCGGGAGAAGAAAGUUUUUUACUUGGAACAAGGACUGUUGUUGUACCAGAGAACGAGAAAAUUUUCAUCAGAGAAACAGAUGGAUGUUGUUAUUGGGACAGUGCAGGCGAGAGUUAUAACUGUGUCGUCACAUCACCCAAAAAAGAAUCAAAACUAAAAGGACUCAAAAGCUUCAUCGUCUAUCAACUAACCCCCACGUUCAACAAUAUUCAAGUCUCCAGAAGGUAUAAACACUUUGACUGGUUACACGAAAGGCUAGAAGAAAAAUUCUGCUUCAUUCCAAUUCCACCACUACCUGACAAACAAAUCUCGGGUCGGUACGAGGAACAAUUUAUCGAACACAGACGAACUCAACUACAAGAAUUCGUCGACUACGUCUGCAGGCAUCCAGUAUUGUCGAGGAGUCGAGUGUGGGAACAUUUUAUAACCUGCACCGAUGAAAAGCGUUGGAAACAAGGAAAACGACAGGCCGAAAAGGACGAAUUACUAGGAGUUAAUUAUUUCAAUGCUAUCCAAGGUCCGGAUACGCCAUUGGAUGCAAUCAAAGUUGAGAUUAAGACGGAUGCUUUCGCAAGAUUUAUAAGUGGCUUGGACCCCGUGGUGAAAAACUUUAUGGCCAUGGCUGUUGAUCAGACUAAAAAGCAUCAAGUUUUGUAUAAACGGGAAUUUCAGAAAAUAGGACAGUGUUUUGUUUCCCUGGGAAAUGCUCUGGAUCCAACUGGAUUGCAGGUGGAUGAAGGUGGUAGAAAUAGAUUGACGGAUGCAUUGAGAACGACGGGAGAAGCUUACAACGAAAUCGGGAGACUUUAUGAGGAACAGCCAAAGUUCGAUUGGGAACCUCUUGGCGAUAAAUUCCACAUUUAUAGAGGAGUUAUUAGCAGUUUCCCUGAUGUUAUCAGUAUACAUAAGAGUGCAGUGCAGAAGAGGAAAGAUUGUGAAAGACUAGUCAGCGAACACAAGAUGGAAUCGCAACAACUUCGUGAGCUCUCUCAUAGAACAGAUGUAAUAGCACGAGCUCUCGGAGCCGAGGAAACCCACUUCCUCUCGGAACGAGAAGUUCACAUUAAUCAAGCUAUGAAGAAUCACCUGGUAGAACAGAUUAAAUUUUAUCAGAACGUAGUUAAUAAACUACAGGAAGCGUUGCAUGCUUUUGACGGCUAAUCAAUUUAAAAGACAUCAUUCCUGCAUGAGAGAGUCUGUUCUGGAAACGCAUACACGAGUUGCUCUGUUUUAUGUUUCAUUAGCAGCUAUAAAGCUUUCAAUUGUACAUUGAUUUUUACUUUAAUUAAUUCGAUUACAAAAUGUGACCCACAGUAGAUUUUGAUCUGGCCGCGAUUGAAACUUCGGUCGAAAUUCGAUACUUAAUGAAUCCAAAGUUUUCUUACUUCAGUAAAAAAGUGCAUGGGAUUCGUUUUCGUAAAGAUCUGAAUAAUGUCAAAGAAUUUCUAAUGUUUUUUCUUUACUUUAUAAAUUGAUACCAAAGGGCAAAAAUGAUUCUUAUGAGUUUAUUUAAUCUUCCAGGUAGCUGACAUUCUCCUAAUGUUUUAUCCCCAACAUUCUUCUUUCUAAUCUACUUUAUUAAUAGUAAUGUAAUAAUGAAAUUUUUUAGAAAUAAUCAUUCCGAAAAUAUUUUCUAUUUUUUGAAAAGAUUUUAGUACUGUUUUAUCUCAGAUCAUGUCUCAAUUUCUUAGCCAAUGUCAUUUACAUAGGUAAAUCUGUAAAAUAUUAAUUUAUUUAAGUAGUAAUUAAAGUAUGGGAUUCUCUGAAAGUGAAAACGGUAAAAGACAAUGAAUAAUGAUGACCUUUGAUGUGUUGUAAAAGGAGGUGAAAAGUUGUAUUGAAAUAUUUGUGAAAUGCCGUUGCUUUGCGUUAAGUGUAUGAGUUUUAGAAGUACACUAAACACAUCAGUUUGCCUUCGUAUUGCGCCUCGAGCGUAAUGACAAUGAUAUUUCUUUUAUUAUCAUGCAUUUAUAAAUUUAUAUUGUAAUAUAAGUAAUGUAUAUUGAAUGUAACGACGUGCCUCUGAUAAAUUGACUUCCUGUCUCUGAUCUUUUGUGAAAUACUAUCAUCUAUCAAACACUAUUAAAAUUGCACAUAUUCAAAGAUACGUAGAUUUAACAAAGUUAAUUAAUUAACAGGAUAAUCGAUAAAAAACAAUUUUAUGAUUUAUAUACAAAAUGACUGAAUUAUUAAACAAACUUCACAUUUACUAGAUUGUUAAAUUUUUCAAGUCUGUAAAGAAAAGACAUUAUUUAUCACUUUUGAUGUUUAAAUCUUCGCUUUAUUUAUUAUAAUAAACUUUCUACGUCAUUUUUGGCAAAAUAAAAUAAAGUAGAAAGUGAUCUUUAUAAAGUUGAAAACGAUAUUUUUUCUUUUAGAACUUUUGACAUUUAGAUUCCUAUUGUAAAUCGCGUCUUUCGCACAAAUUGAAAACCAUAGUGUAUAUGUGUUACUGUUAUUUAAAAAAAUUAAUUCUUUCACGCAUAGUACUUUGUUUUCUAAAUCUUUAUCAAUUUGUAGAGUUUCGUAGGAAACCCUUAUGCAGUCAUUAAAAUGGCUGUCCAUUCGUUACCACGCCCAGCGCAAAAAUUAGGACUACCAAUCUCAUCUUUUACAUGAAAAUUUGUUUCGUGUGUCUAAUGUGAGGAAAUAUAAUAAUAAAAUUGAAUUCAAAACCAA